CAUGGAUACAUCUGAAUCAUAUUUGUUGUUGUCAGUGAGCUGCAUCCCAUCCAAAGCUACAAGUGGAUUGUAGUUAGCUAGCAUAUUUUUUGUAUCGUCUGUAUAAAUAUAAGGGUUUUAAACAUGAAGAGACCCCCGAGUUCAAGUUAUUAACGUUGAACUAACGGCAGUUGAAACGCUAACUACUGCUACUCUCCUGGUGAUUGCACAUGUAACGCUGGACACUUUUCAAGGGUUGGGUUACAGACAUGCACCCACCAUCUCGACAGGACUAUGUAUCUAUAAGCUUUGCUGGACAAGGAAGUGGAAGUUACAAUAACAGUAAGCAGUGGAGGAGGCAGUCCUGCUGGAGGAAAUGGAAGCAGCUGUCCAGGCUGCAGCGGAGCCUCAUCCUCUUUAUCCUUGUCCUUCUGUUUAUUUGUGGAUUUGCUGCCUAUCCUACUGUUACUGAACACCUCAGAGGCCUUACAGAUGGAGAGCAAGACACAGACACUAAUAGUGUCCUGAAGCCUGUCAUCCCUCAGAUGAUGCCCGAGCCUGUCAAACACGGCCAUCCAGCACUGCCAGAACAACCUUCCAAGCGGAAAUUAUCCAAUAAGAGAGGACCGCCCAUCCUUCAGAAUCGUCUUCAGAGGAAAGGAAACACUUCAGAUAUAGCCGUCAAGGACAAGGCAGCUGACAGUAAGAAAGAAGGGGAGGAGGAGGGAGUCAUCAGCUGGCGAGGGGCGGUGAUCGACACUGACCAGGCCACAGAGGGCACCAAGGAUGGGGAAAAGGAGGAUUUACCUGCCAACCAAGAAGCCAAAUUAUCAAAAAACUCAGCUAGCUGGCUGGAGGCGGUGCGGGAAGCUUUCAGACAUGCAUGGAAGGGUUAUAAAGAUUUUGCUUGGGGCCAUGAUGAGCUCAGACCCAUCUCCAAGACCUACAGCGAGUGGUUUGGCCUGGGUUUGACGCUUAUAGAUGCCCUGGAUACCAUGUGGAUCCUGGGGCUUAGAGAAGAAUUUGAAGAAGCAAAGGCGUGGGUGGCCACAGAGCUCACAUUCAACAAGAAUGUAGAUGUCAACCUGUUUGAGAGCACCAUCCGCAUCCUGGGAGGCCUGCUGAGUACCUACCAUCUGACUGGAGACACCCUGUUUCUAGACAAAGCUAAAGACAUCGGCUCCAGGCUGAUGCCAGCCUUCAACACCCCGUCCAAGAUACCCUACUCUGAUGUGAACAUCGGGAAAGGUACAGCACACCCCCCUCGCUGGACCUCAGACAGCACUGUAGCUGAGGUUACAAGCAUCCAGUUGGAGUUCAGAGAGCUCAGCCGCCUCACCCAGGAACCACACUAUGAGGCUGCAGUGGCUGAGGUUAUGAAUCAGGUCCACAAGCUUGAUGGCAAGCUGGAUGGUCUUGUGCCCAUGUUCAUCAAUACAAACAGCGGACAGUUCACCCAUCAAGGCAUCUACACACUGGGAGCCCGAGCAGACAGCUACUAUGAAUACCUGCUGAAGCAGUGGAUCCAGGGAGGCAAGAAGGAGAACCAGCUAUUGGAGGACUAUCUGCAGGCAAUAGAGGGUGUAAAGAAGAACCUGUUGCAGAAGUCUACUCCUAAUGGCCUUACCUUUGUUGGAGAGCUCUCACAUGGACAGUUCAGCCCUAAAAUGGACCAUCUAGUGUGUUUCCUGCCGGGCACUCUGGCUCUCGGUGCUCACAAUGGUCUGCCUGCUGAUCACAUGGAUCUGGCCAAACAGCUGAUGGAGACCUGCUACCAGAUGUACAUCCAGAUGGAGACAGGCCUUAGUCCAGAGAUCGUCCACUUCAAUAUGCACCAGGGCAGCACACGAGACAUCGAUGUAAAGCUUGCAGACCGACACAACCUUCUACGACCAGAGACGGUGGAGAGUCUUCUUUACCUGUACAGGUUUACCAAAGACCACAAGUACCAGGCCUGGGGUUGGGAGAUUCUCCAAAACUUUAACAAGUACACCAAGGUUUCCUCUGGUGGCUACACCUCCAUCAAUAACGUGCGUGACCCAGACUACCCGAGCCCCCGAGACAAGAUGGAGAGCUUCUUCCUGGGAGAGACCCUGAAAUAUUUGUACCUGCUCCUCUCAGAUGACCCCAACCUCAUCAGUCUAGACCAGUAUGUCUUCAACACUGAAGCUCAUCCUCUGCCUAUAUGGCCUUCCACUGCAUGACACACACACAUGGGAAUUCAAAUGGCAAGUAUAAACACAACAAAACAUCUCAGGGUUGGUCUAACACCAAGAUGAUAGCUUCGUCUCCUCUGUCUCAGUGAGUGAACUCUGCCAAAAGAACCCUGAACACAGAUGGAAAAAGCCUAACUUUCACUGAUUGAAUUAACUGUUGGCUAUGCGCUAAUAGUCUUGAAAAACAGACAAGAGCCUGCUUAAAUGUCUGGCUUGUUUAUUAAAUUGGCCAGGCCAUUUUUGUUGUGCGAACUUCUGGUAGUGACAGAAGUCCAUGUCACUGUUUAUGCUGUUUAUGCUGGAGAAGCAGAGGGAGGUUUAUGUCCUCUUUAAAACCCAGAUAGCAUCAGCACUGAAGAAAAAACCUGAUUGUGACUUGAACUAAAACUGUCUUAAUCACAUAUUGAGGGGAAAAGGAGGAGUGUCAGGUUGGACUGACACAGGUGUUUGAGGGCUGAUUCUGAUAUUUUCAGUUUGAAGCUGCUCAUAGCUUAUAUUUUGCUUACAGUUGUACUUGUUCAGUUUCUAACAAAAAUUACCAUUUUUUGCCAGAAAAAAUCCCCCCAAAACUUUUAAGUCUUAAUUUUUUACCCCUGCAUUGUAUUCUCAUUACAGUAGAAAGGUUUCUGAAACAGAAUGUAAUCCAUUGUUACACAAAGCUAGUAUCUGGUGGUCUGACCCCAAUGCUGGGUGUGAAAGCAGGCUGGUUGUUUUGGUAGCAAAAUAUUCCCUGACAGUAGCCACCAGCUGUCUGAACUAAAAGCAACCACUACCUACUGCAUCUAGUGCCUGACUGUUCUGCUGACAUGGGUGUGACUGUUGCAGGGAUACGAGGAAAAAGCCGAAUCCUCAUCACACUGUAUAUAGUCAUGAAGUGGUCUAGCUAGACCUAUUCUCAAAUGUUGAAGCUAGAACUAUUCUCAGAUGAUGAACCUUCCUGCCAACAGUUUUUGCUGUCCCAUGCUGCAUUCAUGUCAUACUGGACAUGGGGGGAUUUUACAACAUGAAAAUCCCACUCAGUCACUUCAGGUCAAAGAGAAAACAUUGCUUGGAAAGUGCAACUUGAUGAUAACGGAUGUCAAUGACCAGUCAUGUGCAGUGGAAGAGAGUCUGCUGCUACAAAGGUUUAACAGAUAAAAAUUUUAUUAUAAGGCCGGGGCAUAUGAUGGUAUAUUUUGAUAUCAAUUUGUCAUCUUUUUCUCGUCAUACUGUUCAUCAGUGGUGGGAGCAGCAAUCAGAUCUUUUGCUUGAGUAACAGUAUGGAAGCAUUAUCAGCUAAAUGUAUUAAGGUUUAAAAUAUGUAUGGAGAGUAUGCCAACCAAAUGGAGUUUUUGAAAACUAUCAAACCAAAACUUUCCCUAAUAGCCUAUGAAAAAAACUAUAGAGUAAUGUCUUUAUAAAGUAUGUCUUAUUGGGCAUAUUUUAAAGGGUUUAUAAUUUGUAAAUAAUGUCUUUUUAAAAUAAUUUACAAAGUGGUGCCCCCAUUUUAAUGUUGCAGGUGGUGGAGCUGGGGAUUAUGUGAAAUACCGUUCACAACGCAUUGUAUUUUUUAAGCUUAUCACACCGUAAUUUUGCAUGUAAAAUUUUAAUGUGAAUAAAGUAGUGAAUAAAGUGAAGUAAAGAUAAAAUCGCAUUAAAUAAAUAGAACAACUCAAGUACCUCAAAAUUGUACAAUGAGUCACGUACUUGAACUUUCCACCACUACUAUUGGCACAUUUGGUAGCUUUCAUUUAUUUCUGGUUGGAUUAGGCCGUUGUGGGUAAUGUUACAAAUCAAUAAGCAGGACUGCUUUUGUUUUUGUAUCAAUAUAAUGAAGUACCUUGACUUGUCAGGUAUUUAAUUUGCUGCUGGAUUAGCCAAAAACGGACAGCUCUGUUUGGUUAUUUUGUUCAUAAACUCUCUUAUUAGUAAAUUAUUUGGAAAAUCAAGUAUCACAAUAAAUAUCAAUAUCUCAAUUUAAAAUUACAAACUCAUCUACACAUUACCCACUCCUUAUAUAGGAUUUCUGAUUCGCAACUGCCUUUCUCAUUGUAGGACUUGAAUUGAAAGUCCUGCAUGCUGUUAAAAAAAGUGUCAAACUACUCACAGCCAGUGAAGCUGUGAGCAGUUUCUCCAUUUCACUUGCUAGGAAUGAAUGCACCAUGGUGGCAACCAGCCAUCUUGAAAGGAAAUGACUGGUCUGAUAACAGAUUGAUUGUGUUGGCCACAGGGAGAACACGCGCUCACGGUUUAGCGAUAAGCUCCUAUCUCUGAUGUCCUCAACAAGGAAAUGUCAGGUGUGGGGAAUAAUAUGCUUCUGAUAAACUCUAACUAUCCUACAUAAAACUCAAGUCUGGAAUGUAUGGCUGGCUACAACAAACCAUGUUGUUGCUCUAAACCUUCCAGAUGUUACUUCUAUAUGACAUGAAUGCAGCAGUUGGGACGCAGAUGAACUUGGUCUGAUUCCAGUUGUUGCCAAGCAGCAGAUUUACUUAUGAACUGUGAAGCUUUUGUUUUAUGAGGACAGCAAAGGGUUCAUAGCAUCAGUGAUUUUGUUUGGUUUUUUUUUUGUUUUUU